CCGAGCGGAGUCAGUACCGCGCCGCCGGCCGGCCGAAGCGAACGUGUCUGCGGUUGUUGUAUCGCCCGCACCGGGCGCAUGUUUCAGUGAAAUUUCGUUAUGCCGAUGUCGUCGUGAAUCUGUAACAAAAAUGGACUUUCAGAGUGCUAUGGAGACAUUCGCCGAGGCAUGGGCAGCUGCCAAUACUGUCAAAUCUGAGGCCCCGAGUGACUUAUCGCAGAAUUUGUCAUCGGAUCUACGUCGCAGCAAGACUCCGCCGCGACGGUCGCCGGAGGAGCGUGCGGUUCCACGGCCGCCGUCCGCGCCUGCGGCCCACGAGCGUGGUCCACACACGCCGCACACACCGCACACGCCACACACGCCGCACACGCCAUACACUCCGCAUCUAUCACCCAAGAAAGAAGCAUUCAAUAACCUACUAAAUAAAGGAAUAUCAGGUAAAACAUUACCGGUGCACUGCGUGGUGGAAGCGGUAUCGUCAUUGGAGGAGGGAACGUGGCGCCGCCGCGCAAUUGUGGAGACGGACAGCUACGUCAUCAUCCCCGCCGCCACCGCCUUCCACGAGCUCGUGCCCGCUGCCAUGAUGAGGCUAGGAUAUCCGCAUGAACUCGCCGCCUCCGCUAAAGGUUCAGUGGUGAUAAACAACUGGAAGCCGCUUUCCUUCGAGAAGAUCUCUGAUGGUCCUCUGGUGACUGUCGGCGAAGUGUUAGGCGAGUUGACAACGGUCGCCACGCUGCGGAUCCAACUCCUUAGGCCAAGGCUCACACCACUCCAGGACAUCAAAGAUAAACUCCUGAGGCUGCUGCUGGUGCAAAGCAGGCCUUUGUUGAUUUCCACAGGAUGCCCAUUAGAUGAGGUCACAUUAGCUCAGAUUUGUAGAGGGCAAGAUCGAACGCCGGGGCCUCACAAUUUCCACGAGCCAUCUGAGGACAUGCGAAGAAAGUUCGAAUCUUGGUGGAGCGCCCAAGUUUCGCCACGGCCGCCGCCUUUUAGUCCACGACAUUAUUCAUCACCGGUGCCCAAAAAUCGUUCGCCUACUCUGACCGCUAUACCAGAUCAUUUGCAUCCGGCGCUACAGACGGUCCAGAAUCAAUAUCCAACACAGAAAACUAGGAUGAGGACCAGCUUCGACCCUGAACUGGAAUUGCCGAAGUUGCAACGUUGGUUUUCUGAAAAUCAGCACCCAAGCCGGCAACAGAUACAACAAUAUGUAAGAGAAUUAAACAACUUAGAAUCAAGACGAGGUCGCAAACCUUUAGAUGUGAAUAAUGUGGUGUAUUGGUUUAAAAAUGCAAGAGCUGCACAAAAACGUGCUGAACUACGCAACAUUGGAGGUAUUGGUUGUCAUCUCGGUGUAAAUGGCUUCAAUAGUAGGAGUCAUAGUCCAUCCAAUGGAUCAUUGAUGGCGAGUAAUGACAAUUAUGCGAUGCAAGAUCGCAAUUCAAUGAAGAGUCCUAUGCAAAUGUCGGGCAGUCCCGGCAGAUAUCCGAUGUCUAUAAUGUCUGAGGACAAUUUAUCGAAUGCGGGAUCCGAUUUAGAAGACGACGGAGGGGAUUUGAAUCCAGAUGAUAGGCCUGAAAGUCCUGAUGCUCCCCUUUCUCUUAUAACUACAAAGAAGAAUAAUAAUGACGAAGAGAUGUCAAAACAAUCACCGAAGCCUCCAGAUAUUAUAAAGGUCCAUGAUAUCAAACAAGAGCUGCGUGACUUGGCCAGAUCUGAUCAAACGAAUUCACCUCAACAAUCACCUGACAAGAACAGCGACAGCUCUCACAAUAACAAUAACAACGUUAAAGAAGAAAACGGUAUCACUGACGAGCAAGACGUGGCUUCCGAUGAUGACGUUGUUCAAGAGCGACACUAUCGUCCAUCAACACCGCACCUUGAUCGCUUACCCUUCCCUAUGGUACCAAAUCAUCCGAUGUUUGGUCAUGGUAUUAUGUAUAUGAGCCAGUACAUGAGUGGUUUCCCUGGCGUCGGUCCAGUACCCGGUGAAGGCGCAAGCGGCUUGAAUCUCGCUCUCGCCGGUGCUUCUGACGAAAGACGCAAACGUAACCGCACUUUUAUAGACCCUGUCUCCGAAGUCCCGGUUCUCGAACAAUGGUUUUCAAUGAACACCCAUCCAUCACACAAUCUCAUAUUAAAAUACACAGAAGAACUGAAUAGGAUGCCGUACAGGCAGAAAUUUCCUCGACUGGAAUCAAAGAAUGUGCAGUUUUGGUUCAAAAAUCGACGAGCUAAAUGCAAGAGGCUUAAGAUGUCGCUGUACGAACCGUCGUCCCCAAGCCACUACUCGCAUCCCGGUCAUCAUGCUAUCGCCGAACGAAAGAUGGUGUGAACUUUUAGUAAUAUUCGCUGUGACUAUUUGAACCGCUAGUGGAAACAUCUUAACAGUAGUAGUAUUUCAGAACGAUAAAACGUUUACAUUUUUCAGAGUAACGUAGAAUAGGAGCCAUUGAGGUUGUAUGCGUCUAUUCUAUCAACUAUUAAUAUGCCAUAGAUUUUUAAGUGGAACUAUAGUCAUAAUUAUGAAUCAAAUAUGACGCAACCGUUUAUCAUACAGCUUUUCGCUUUAGGAUCUUUGAAAAGUUUUAACACACGACGUUCUGUAGUUUAGCUUAUAUUUGGGAUAACAUGUUAAUGGCACAAAACGCCUACAAGUAAAUUUCAUGAGUGAUCUUGGAGUUGUAUUAACGCUUGUGAUUAGAAUCACAUGAUUUCGUUUCUAAUUUCAGCGUGUAUUACGAAAGACUGAAUUCGAAUCGUUUAUGGUGUGUAGUGCCAUGUUAGUAUUAAAUGCGUCAGUUCCACUGUACAGAUCGUAUUAUUAAAUUCUUUAUAUACCGUAAUAAUUCAAUUAUAAACUUGGAAGUGAAUCGAUGUAAAUAAUUAGUUGGAAAGAUUUUAAAUUUCAAAUUGCUUAGACGAACGAAAUAUCGCUGCUUAUCUUUCUGAACUUCUGUAGCACGAUCUUUUCGUAUUUAAAACAUCUAUAAAUGAAUCUCAGCUGAAAAAUACUUUCGGUUUGUAAAUAAAUAAUUUAGUAUUAGAUUUAUUUAUUAAAUAUUACAUUAGUGUUAUACAAAAUUGUUAGCUAAUACUCGUAUGAAUGGAUUCUCACCAAACGUUCCAUUUCUAUUAUUCGUAGUGUAAUUUAGAAACCGUAUCUGUAGAGUAAACUUUUAGAACGGUAUUAAAUGUUAUAAUAUGUAAUUAAUGAGUCAUUUAUCAUAGAUAUACGUAAUGUUAAAUUGCACAUAAAGUAGAGCAAAUAUUGUAGAGUAAAAUUAUUUCAACUACGUCAUUUAAGACUAAAGCUUGGAAAACUUCGAUGUUAAUAGACUCAUCUUGAGAUAAUUUUAAUAUCUCAGGUCACAUGUUACGCACAUUCCUUUAUUCGUAAUAUAUUUUAAUACUUCCUCAAUCCAAAGAUUGGUUAGUGUUAUAGAAUUUUAUCUUUAUAAUUAUUUUGAUUACCAAAAUUGCGUAGUUCCCAUAUCAAAGAUAUCGUCUCAAUGUUUAAUAGAUUUUAAUGUUUUAUUUCUGUUAGGGAUACUUGUAUUGAAAAGUUAUCUCGACAAAUAUCAAUUGUAAAAUGCAUCUUUAUAUUAAUGUUUGUAUGAAAAUGUUGGUAAUGCAAUAAUGUUUUCUAUGUUUAUUAUUUAAGUGGUAAUGUGUAUUUGUUCCUAUUCAUUUAUCUUUAAAAAUUAUUGGAAUUUUAUUGUAUUACAUUAAUUUAUUUUGGUAGUAUCGGUUAAUCUAUUUGCUGGUUUAAACGGAUAAUUUUAAGAUUUUCAUCAAUGAUACAAAUACAAUGUAUUUCCAUUGUUUUGCAUAUAUCAAUAUUUUUAACACAUGCAUGAAUUUUAGAUACGUAAACAGCAAUGGAGGAUACACUAUGUCUAAAUGUCGCACGGGGCGACGCCUCACAAGAUGGUCAUGUAACAGUAUUUACGCAUUUAAUAUUCGAGGCUGUAACACAUUUAACUUGGAAUAUUGUUUUGUAGUUUUAGAAUUACCACAGACGAUAGGCCCGAUCUCACAUCUCUAUAAAAUGGUAACCAAUUAGACACACGAGAACAGUAGAUUGUCACAUUUUAACGCGAUGAAAUGUACAGUCAGCUUUACAAAUGUGUACAUGUUUAUGCAGCUAACUGUACUGAUAGUUUCUAUAGGUGUGAAAAAGGGCCUAUUUUAUUGUGAAUUGUAUCGUUCAUCGCUAGAUAUUCCCCAUACAUUGUUUUGUUAUCUCCAUGUUAUGCUUGUUUUGUGAAGCUGUGAUGAUAUUUCCAAAUAAUGUAAAUAUUUUUAUUAAUUGUUUAAUUAAGGGUUUCUAUUGUAAUUCGUCACUAGGCUCUACGAACAAUUAAGCAUUAAUUUGCUUAGAUAAUGGAAAAUAAUUGGCUAAAUGUUUAUUCCAUUCAAUUAUAAACGAAA